CUAGUACAUGACGUCACAAGGUGAUCCUCCGUUGAACUCAGUGGGCAAUAAUUAGACUCGCUCAACAGCUUCCAGUACUUCCAGUACUCCAGUACGUGCGCUGUGCUGCGUUGGAGCGGACGGCGUAGUUUGCUGAAAUGGAGUCAACAAAUAGACUUCUGUUAAUGACAGUAGUUGCAUCACUGCUAGUACCACUUAACAAUGUAAGAGCUCAAGCAGAUCUGGACACUCUCAUUGGUCAGGUGUUUGUCCGACCAGAGACAGGAGGAAAUUCGAACAAUCAGCAGCCAACAGAGGAAAAAACCCAGGCUGAGGGACAAGAGUACAACCCACUGGAAUGCCAAUGUGUGCCCUACUACCUCUGUCAGAACAACACGAUCAUUACAGAUGGAGCUGGACUCAUCGACAUCAGGUCGGGCUUUUUACCUUCUAAACAGCCGUGUCCUUGCCCAGCUUCUAAUACCCCAGGGAUCAAGGAUGGGCCCUGUCAGAACUACCUUGAUGUAUGCUGUCAGAAGCCCCAAACAGUGACUGAACCCAUAACCCCCAAACCAAAACAGAGGUCUGGAUGUGGGCGCCGUAAUGAAGAGGGUGUUGGCUUUCGUAUCACUGGUGCCAAUGACAGUGAGGCCCAGUUUGGAGAAUUUCCUUGGAUGGUUGCCAUUGUGAGGGAAGAAUCAGUGGAUAACAACCCAGAGAAGCUGAUUGUUUACCAGUGUGGCGGAGCUCUGAUACAUCCACAGGUGGUCCUCACAGCAGCCCACUGUUUGGCUACACUGAAAGACUUCAGUACACUUAAGGUUCGUGCAGGAGAAUGGGACACACAGACCAAGAAUGAACUGUUUCCCCAUCAAGACAGGAAUGUGAGGACCAUUGUGAUACAUCCUGAUUACUACGCAGGGGCACUGUACAAUGACAUUGGCCUCAUCUUUCUUGACAGUGCUGUAGAGUAUGCAGAGAAUGUUGAUGUUGUGUGUCUACCACCUCAGGGAGCAAUCUUUGAUCACAGUCAGUGCUUUGCAACUGGCUGGGGCAAGGAUUCUUAUGGCAAGGAAGGCCGCUAUUGGGUGAUUUUGAAGAAAGUUCAGUUGCCAGUAGUUCCUAGGGCUGCAUGUGUAGAAGCAUUGCACAAAACAAGGCUGGGCCCUUACUUCAAGCUUCAUGAAAGUUUUAUUUGUGCUGGCGGAGAACAAGGGAAAGAUACAUGCAAGGGUGACGGAGGUGGUCCUCUGGUGUGUCCAUUUGCAAAUGAUCCUUCUCAUUAUCAGCAAGCAGGAAUUGUUGCCUGGGGCAUUGGUUGUGGUGAAAAUAACGUACCUGGAGUUUACACCAAUGUAGCCCUGUUUCGGGACUGGAUAGACGAACAGAUUGCUUAUCAGGGACUUAACCCAAGCCUCUUUGAUUCUUAAACUAUAUGUUAUUGAAAAUGUAUAAACCUGGUUGCAUUUGUCAAGUAUAAAAACAAUCAUCAGUGAGCAAAUUCUGUAUGCAAGAUGGCUUGACAACUCACUAUGGUGUUUCUCAAAAGGAUGAAUAUCAGCUCGAAAGUUCCUUUAUGAAUGACACAAUUUCAUUAUUAAUGUUCAUUAUAAAAUUCAGUGGUUUAAAUUUUAUUGAUGCCAUAAAAUAAUAUAGCCAAAACUCAAAGAAACGCUGGGUUCUUCACAGAUGUCCACUGACAGAUGAACAAUUUUAUAAACUGUGUACAAGCAGAAUUUUAUGUUAUUCUUUCUUUCUUCUCUGCUUUGUUUUGCUUGUCACAUAAUUGGCUUACUCAUGGACCAUGAAAUUGGGGGCAUAUAUUCCUCCAAAAUGUCAGUGAACUUCUACCGGACUACAUAUCGUUACUUUCCAGAAGACUGUACUCCCCAUAGUCACCAUGGUGAGAUCCUCAAUUCAAAAACCUGUUCCAUAUUUUAUUUUCUCUAUGCAUUUGUAAGGUAAAUGUAAAGCAGCCCCUAUAUCUAAGCAUUACACUGUGAAGACACAUAUUGAGCAUCAGAAUAAAGCUCCAUGCAUUCCAGACCUCUUAGGUAACAGGUCAGCUUCACGCUCAUUUACCCCUGAGCAAAGAUCUGUGACCAUUGGAGAGGAAGAUGCGUGGGCUGCGUUGUUCUAAAAUUACCCCUCAUCCAUACAAAAAAGGACUUUCUUACAUAAUUUCAGUACUGAAAAGUGAUGUAAAGAACAGUUCUGUGGUAUCAGUGAGAACAAAAUUGUUGUAAAAGAUAUAAUGCCUCGCUUUUCUUCACUUUCUUUAGCUGUGGCAUUAAACUUUUUUCUUCUUUUUACUGUGCAGUAAA